CGGCCGUCUCCAACCAGUUCUCUGACGAAGGUGGGGUGGUGCAGACGCAGGAGUAAAGUCGAUUUUCUCCUUUUUCUUUAUUUUUGGAAAAGUUUAUUGAGAAUCUCUCUUUACGUCACUCAAGAUGGUAAUGACGAAGAAAUUCCUGGUCCUGAACAUGGCCAUCGUCCUGGCCAACGCAGCCAUCGGUCUCUUCCUCAACAUGGCCGUCUUCUCUGGCCCCGUCGGCGUCAGGGAGCGAUUCGUCGUCUUGCCUGAGGAUGAGGGACCCAACGAGGCGUCGAUCCUGGAAUACAUCACCGACGACCCGCCGGCGAACGGCACGGAGCGGAGGGACGCGAUCGGGUGCCAGAAAGCCCCCGACUCCCGCGUCGUUUCCUUUGACUCGAGUCGCGGCUUCGUCGACAAGUCUCGGCUGUUCAAGAGCCACCCGUUCUUCAUCCCGGGGGAUCGCUGGGAGAACACCACUUCGUCCUGGAAGGUGUGCAUGUCCAUCCAGACGUCGGUGGAGCUCCUCUUCUGGCUGAGUAGACAGGUGGAGAUGUGGACGGGCCCGAUCUCCGUCGCGGUCUUCACUCCCGACUCGGACUACACCGUCGCGCUGAGGAUGAUCAAGUACCUGAAGACAUGCAACCCCGAGGGCAUGAGUCGCGUGAGCUUCCACGUGGCGUACCCGAAGAACCACCCGCCGAGGUACGUCCGCGAGGGGGACGUCGUGAGGGAAUACAACUGCGAUGCUCCGGAGACCGUCAACAAGGAACUGGUGCGAGAACUGCGGUCGGAGGAGCUGCAGCGGAUGAUCCACAACUCGCGCUACCCGCAGAACUACCUGAGGAACGUCGCCAGAGAGGGAUGUCCCAGCGACUUCGCCUUCACUCCGGACGUCGACAUGAUCCCGAUCCCCCGCAUGGCUGACGACCUCAACGCGUUCCUGGCCACCAGCGGGGAGGCGCAGUGCAGCAAGUGCGCCUUCGUCAUACCGACCUACGAGAUCCACACGGCAGUCACAACCAACCCGAAGGACAAGGUCGAACUCCGCCAGCUGAUCAUCAGGAAAAAAGCCCAGAGGUUUCACGUGAAGUCCUUCGCUCCCAACCAGGCCAAUUCCAACCUGGCCAAGUGGGAAAGGGCCGCGAUAACAAACAAAUUACAAGUGCUCUACAACAUCACCACUUGGAGGAACUACUGGGAACCCAUUUACGUCACGAAAGCGAACGUGCCGCCCUUCGACGAGCGUUUUGUGGGCUACGGCUUCACCAGGAACACUCAGGUAUAUGAGAUGCACGUGGCAGACUACACGUGGCACAUGCUAAGUAACGUCUUCCUGUGCCACCGUGGAUUCCAGACCGUCAAGACGCACAACAAAGUUAGAAGAACACAGAUCAGAGAGAAUAGCAAGAAAUAUCAGGGUUUUCGAAUGGAGCUCUACGUUAGGUAUGGCAAGAACGCAGCCGACUACGAGCCCAAGAAAAAAUCAAGCAAUAAAACGAAAACAGAGAAAAAUACAAAAAACAGCAUGAAAAUAAAACCGAAAAAAUAGACGAAAUGAAAAGAAAACUUAAUAAACAAUAAAACGAAAACAGCAAAAUAUUAAAUAAACAUGAAAAUAAGACCGAAAAAAUAGACGAAAUGAAAAGUAAACUGUUAAUAAGAGUGUGAUUAUAAAAAGAAGAGAAAAAUAACUUAUCCGAACACAUGUCUCCAGGAACAGAAAAAAAACGAAUAACAAAAGAAAAGAAGAAAAAAAGAGACAAAAAGCGAAGUGAAUAAAAGUGAUUACGAAUAAAAAAGUUGACGCUCUGAUGUGUUCAGACAAGAAGAGAUCGUGAAUAACGGUGAAACUAAAUUUAGAAAAUGAAUAUAAUGAAGCAAAUUAC